GCAGAUGUCCGUGUGCACACGGAGCUGCCAAGGAGGUCCAGAAAAAAGGCAUGCUCAGACACAAGGGCCCCAAAUGGUGUGACAAAGGAUGUGCAGGAAGGGCCUCUCCGCCUGGGUGAGCCCCAGAGAGGGUCUCCUCCUCUGCCAGCCUGUGCGAGCCAAAGCCAUGUGCUCCACACCGCGUCCAUGAGGUGGUCCUAAAUUGUUGGUGAAAUGAGCCAAAAUGGCAAUACCACCUGCAAACCUGAGCUAACUAUCUGAGACGGAGCCCCGAAACGUCAUCGGCAGUGAUUGAGGAGACUGUCCGCUGCUUGGCAACGACACGCUAAACCUCCCCGCUCGUGGACUUCAAGUCAGGAUCGUCUUCUUCGCCGACAAACGCGGGGAGUAAAACAAAUCAUUUAGGGGAUAUUUUUAAGGGUGUAACGUGAGGGUUUUUUUUUCUUUUCAAGUUUAGAGUCGUAAAGUGAGGUACUAUGUCGGACGACGACGAAGGUGCGCCUUCCUUUCUUGACGACGUAAGAGUAAAGUUUGUCGAAGAGAAAGUUUGUAAAUUCCUACAAAUGCAGCCCCAAACGUGGGGUGAAGGUGCUGCCGGUCAAGACUUCCAAACGCUAUUGGUAGACCUUUUUGAAAAACACACUGCUGUUUAUUUCUCUAAGACAAAGACAGGUGGCCUGGACGCUAUCAAUGAGACCCCGAGUUUUGUCAGAAACAAGAUCAUUUAUCUCACAAAGAAGCGACGUGCCAUCGUCCAUUCAGAAAACUACAAGAAGAUUCUACUUUUUGGUGUCCUGGCUCCAUGUCCAGUUCUGCAAUUGUCAAUCAUAGUUGAACAGAUAUGUACCCCACUGCUGUCCAAUAGUCUUAACCAGCACACAUGGCCACAACUGUUGUCUGAGGACAUUACUCGAAAUGCUCAAAGGAUAUGCAAUAAAACAUCAGUUGUGCGAAGACGUGCUUUGGGGGAAUCUGUCCUCGCUGUUCCACCUGAUACUGACUGGAUGGAAAAUGUAUCUAGUACUUUUAAAAUGUAUGGUAGCUAUGACAGGACACUGGCUCACAACAUAGAGACCCAGGUGAGCAACUGGACCAAUCUGAUUCAAAGAAUGUUGAGGGAGGAUUCAUCAGACGUACUUCUGACUGGCAAUAAUCCCGGGCCUGCUGCAGAGCUGGGGUUCUGGGCUUCCAGGAAGCGCAAUAUUCAGAGCAUAUAUCAACAGCUUCAAAGCCCUAUUAUUCAGAAGAUGGCAGAGAUUUUGGAGAUGAUGGAAAGCAGCUACCAUCCUGUCAUAAAGACACUGAUUGGAAAUGUAUUUGAUGCACUCCAAGAAGCAGAGGACAUUGACCUUCAUCUACAGCCACUGUGUGUUCAUCUUUCUCAAAUGGAAAAUCAAGGUUUCCCAGAUGUUGAAGCCUCCAUACCUACACUGUUUCACCUGUUAUUCCUGAUCUGGACUAGCUGCCAACCAUAUCAAAGCCCAACACGAAUUGUCGUCUUACUUCAGCAGCUCUGCAAUCUGUUCAUUGAACAGGCGUGUGCAUAUUUGUCAACUGAGUUAUUACGGCGGGAAGACCCAGAGGAAGGUCUACACAUGUUGAAGAGCGUGAUAAAACUCUUCCGAUGUUUCGAAAAGAGUUAUCAGAGCCAGAGGGAGAGGUUGGCAAGCCAUGCAAAACAUGCACCCUGGGAUUUCCCAUCUGUCAUCAUUUUUACGCGUUUCAACAAUUUCCUUAACCGCAUGCUACAGCUAGAGGACAUUUUUGAAAUAAUGCUGGAAUACAAAAGAUUAGAAAAACUGGAAUUUGGUGGGCCUAAAGGCAAACUCUACAAUGAGCAUGCUGCUCAGAUGUACACAGAGUUCAGUGAGCACUGCCUGUUCUUAAUGCACAGUGAUCACAGCCCUCUUGACUGCAACUCCCAGGGUUUCGAGAAGGAAUACAAGGAUUUCAAAAUGAAGAUUGUGGACUUUGAAUGCCAAUUUGCCAGCCUCCUCUGCUCAGUCUUUCACGAUUGCGCAGGACUUGAAGCAGUAUUUAAACUGUUAACAAUUGUUGGACCUUUCCUUGAGAGAGAGCACAUUAGGCAAAUAUUUAGUCCUAACAUUCCUCUCCUGCUGCAACAGUUUCAAGAUGAGCUGGACACAUGUAAAUUGCUCUUUCAGUCACAACUAAAUGAGCUUGGAAGUUGUUUUGGAAAGAACAUGGCCUGUGUAUCCGGAAUGUUGAAAUGGGCAAAAAUGAUCAGAGAACGCAUUGAAACCCCAUGGGAAAAACUACAAAUUGUGUUUGAAAGCGUUUUCAGAUCUGUGGGAGGGAUGGAUACAACAAAAGUGCACCAUAUGUAUAAGGAGAUGAUGAGUUGUCUACACCAAUGUGAGGAACAAGUUUACUCAAAGUGGUGUAAUGGUUUGACUCAGGCUUGCCACAUUAAUUUGCAACAACCGCUCUUAUGUAGAAACUCCUCAAAUGACCUCAUCUCAGUCAAUUUCAACCCCAAGCUGGCUGAAGUCUUGAAAGAUGUUAAGUAUAUUCAAACGCUCAACAUUGACAUUCCUGUGGCAGCCAUGACUGUUUUUGAGAAACGUGACCUCUUCACAAAGUAUGUGAGGAGUUUGCAGCUCGUAGUGCAGUGGUACAACAAACUUAAACAGACUGUCCUCGAAAUUGAACUCCCGCUCAUCAGAGAUGAACUGGCCUCAGUAGACCAACUACUGAAAAGAGCAGAGACCGACGUGACCUGGCAACACCAAGACUGCUGGAGCUUCAUAUGCAUCACGAAAAAACAGGUCCAAGACCUUGCUGAGCGAGCCAGUAGAGCAAAGGAGAACCGUGAUGCCAUGCAAUCAACGAUGAGGAGUUGGAGCAAGCACACUAUGUUUUGCAGAAAGGACAACAAGAAAAACUCACUACUACAGCUUGAGGACAGAGGAGACCAUGUUAGCAAGAUAUCUAGCUCCAUAAAACAAGAUGGAGACUUCAUCCACAAGUUGGUACAGGAGAACAUGAUGCUCUUCAAUGCAGACCCAACUUCAGACGCUUGGCAAUCCUACAUGGAAUAUGUGGACGAGAUGGUGGUGGAGGGGCUCUUUGGCUACAUUGGUCAGUCACUCCAAUUCAUUGUGGACAACAUGGACUCAUGUCACAAGCAGGCCCCUCUCUUCGAGGCUCAUUUGAUGCUCACGGACUUGGGCAUGAGCUUUCAUCCGUCCCUGCAGAGAGAUGCAAAAGAUGGCUUCUAUGAGCUUGUAGAAGGACUUGUUGGAGAUAUUUUUAAGGUGUCAGUAAAUAUCAACAAGUUGUCUGCUGAUGUGAGCUUGGACAGCUAUCAGGAUGUAAUGGAAGACAUGCUUGAUUUGUUGGAUUUGCGGAAGGAAGUGAUGGAAAGAGUUGAAAACGUCCUCAACAAAGCCAUAUCGUACCAGCAACAGUUUGAUUGCUACGCACAUUUGUGGCAAGAUGACCGGGCAGAGUUCCUCAGCCAGUUUCUCUUGUAUGCACGUGCGCUGACACCUGAAGAGGCUGAGGCUCACAGAGCUGAUAUUCUCCCAGAGAGCCCUCCUACCGUUGAUCACUUCAAAGAACAGAUCGAUUACUACGAGGGCCUGUACUCUGAAACAUGCAAACUUGAAGACUCCAGGGUAUUUGAUGGAUGGUUUCGAGUGGACAUUAAGAACUUCAAAGUCACUCUGUUGAACACUAUUAAGAAGUGGAGCUGGCUUUUUAAGGAGCACCUCUUGACAUAUGUCACAAACAGCCUUGAUGACCUUCAAGGAUUUGUCCAUACUACCGUUGAUGGGCUUGCUAAGUGUUUGCCGAAAGGAGACUACAGCAGUCUCGUGGAAGUCAUGAGUCACCUCCUGGCUAUUAGGGACAGACAAGCUGUCACCGACAAGAUGUUUGAGCCCCUAAGAGACACAGUAAUCCUCCUAGAACGGCAUGCAGUGACCAUUCCGGACAAGGUCUAUUUACAGCUGGAGGAACUUCCUGAAAAAUGGAAUGGGGCUAAAAAACUGUCCUUAAAAGUGAGGCAUGAGGUGUCCCCUAUGCAAAAUGAAGAAGUGAUGGUUUUACGAAGACGCUGCUUGGAAUUUGAGGUGAAACAAAGCCAAUUCAGGGACAUCUUCAGAGCAACUGCACCUUUCAGUUACAAAACGUCUCAUCCCUACAUUAGUCUGGAUAAAUCUGAGAAAGCAAUCCGAGACCUGGACAAAGAACUGUCAGCGUUGCAGGAGUCAACAAACUUAUUUGAUGUCACGAUCCCUGACUAUAAAGACAUUAAGCUCUGCAAACGAGAGAUCACUGUUCUCAAAGAACUGUGGGACAUGGUCAUAUUUGUUCAUACCAAUGUGGACCACUGGACAAAGAGCAAAUGGAGGCAGAUAAACGUCGAACAGAUAGAUGUGGAAUUGAGGGGGUUUGCUAAGGACAUGCGAAAGCUUGAUAAAGAGGCUCGUGUAUGGAACGUGUAUUCUGGCUUAGACCUUUUUGUGAAGAAUUUGUUGACGUCACUGCGAGCUGUGAGUCAGCUACAGAACCUUGCAAUUCGAGAGCGCCACUGGGUACAACUACUAAGGACAAUGCAGAUGAACUUCACUGUGACUGAUCAUACUACAUUGGCAGACCUCUUGGCUCUGCAACUUCAUCUUUACGAAGACGUUGUUCGUUGCACAGUGGAUAAGGCAGUUAAAGAAAUGGCCAUUGAGAAGGUUGUGACAGAAAUUAGUCAAAUAUGGGCAUCAAUGGAGCUUUCAUAUGAAGAUCAUUACCAAACCUCUGUCCCUCUACUUAAAUGUGAUGAGGAGCUCAUUGUGACGCUUGAGGAUCAUCAGGUUCAGCUCCAGGGCAUCUUUCAAAGCAAGCACAUAGAUCACUUUCUUGUCCAAGUUGUGGAACUUCAGAGACAGCUAACAGUGACUGACUCUGUGUUGAUGGUCUGGAUGGAGGUGCAAAGAACAUGGGCCUAUUUAGAAAGCAUCUUUAAAGGCUGCGAUGAUAUCUGCCAGCAACUACCAACAGAUGCACAAAGAUUCCGAAUGAUAGAUGCUGAAUUUCAGGAAUUAAUGUUGGACAGUGCAAAAACCAAACAUGUGAUUGAAGCCACCAAUAAACCCAACCUCUUUGAAAAGUUAGAAGAUCUUCAGAAAAGGCUGGCUUUGUGUGAAAAAGCUCUUGCUGAAUACCUGGAGACCAAAAGACUUGCCUUUCCGAGAUUCUACUUCAUAUCAUCUGCAGACUUGCUGGAUAUUCUCUCGAAGGGAGGCCGUCCCAAAGAUGUGACAUGCCACCUCUUAAAAUUAUUUGAUAAUGUGUCUGAUCUGGAAUUCUCCAACAAUCAAUCUAAACUUGCUAUGGGCAUGUACAGCAAAGAACGGGAGUAUGUACCAUUCCAGAAGGAAUGUUACUGUAAUGGAGCGGUGGAGGUGUGGCUUGCCUUUCUGGAGGAGUCCAUGAGGGAAAGUGUUCGGGGUCACCUGUCUGAGGCUGUGUCAGUGUAUGAGGAAAGGCCCAGAGAGCAGUGGAUUUUUGAUUUCCCGGCCCAAGUUGCUCUGACUGCGUCACAGAUUUGGUGGAGUAACGAUGUGGAGCUUGCGUUUAAAAGACUGGAAGAAGGAUUUGAGUCUGCUCUUAAAGACUACAACAAGAAACAGAUUGCUCAACUGAACAUGUUGAUUAACAUGCUGUUGAGCGAGCUGAGUCAAGGAGACAGACAGAAGAUCAUGACUAUUUGCACCAUCGAUGUUCAUGCGAGAGAUGUUGUCACCAGCUUGAUUGCUCAAAAGGUUACCACCUCACAGGCCUUCCAUUGGCUUUCCCAUCUUCGACACUACUGGAAUGAGCCGCAACGCCACUGUUUCAUUAACAUUUGCGAUGCCCAGCUCCCUUACCUUUACGAGUAUCUUGGAAAUACACCACGUCUUGUCAUCACUCCUCUCACAGACCGCUGCUACAUCACACUGACUCAGUCACUGCAUCUGACCAUGAGUGGGGCGCCAUCGGGUCCUGCUGGGACUGGUAAAACUGAGACCACAAAGGACCUUGGCCGGGCAGCGGGUGUCAUGGUCUACAUCUUUAACUGUUCUGAGCAGAUGGACUACAGGUCAACAGGCAAUAUCUACAAGGGUUUGGCCCAGACUGGAGCAUGGGGCUGCUUUGAUGAAUUCAAUCGGAUCCCUGUCGAGGUUUUGUCUGUUGUUGCGGUGCAGGUGAAAACGAUCCAGGAUGCCAUCAGAUCUAAAAAGAAAAGGUUCCUGUUCCUGAAUACAGAAAUUCUGUUAAAGCCCUCCGUGGGGAUCUUCAUUACUAUGAAUCCAGGCUAUGCAGGAAGGACGGAAUUACCCGAGAACCUCAAGGCUUUGUUUAGACCGUGCGCAAUGGUGGUACCAGACAUUGAGCUCAUCUGUGAAAUCAUGUUAGUGGCAGAGGGCUUCUGUGGUGCCAAGCUUCUAGCCAGGAAGUUCACUUCUCUUUACACUCUGUGCAAAGAGCUUCUUUCCAAGCAGGAUCACUAUGAUUGGGGUUUACGAGCUGUCAAGUCUGUUUUGGUCGUUGCUGGCGCACUCAGAAGAAGAGACAAGACAAGACCCGAGGAGCAGGUGUUAAUGCGUGCACUGAGGGAUUUCAACAUGCCAAAAAUUGUGACUGAUGAUGUCACGAUCUUCCUUGGAUUGUUGCGAGAUCUAUUUCCUGGCCUUGAAGUAGAGAGAGAAAGAGAUUGGGACUUUGAAAAGGAAGUCAGACAUACCACUGUUUCUCUCCGACUCCAGCAUGAGGAAGCAUUCAUCCUCAAGGUGAUGCAGUUGGUGGAACUCAUGGCUGUGCGUCAUUCUGUCUUUGUUGUUGGAAAUGCUGGAACUGGAAAAAGCUCGAUAUUACGAGUUCUCUAUAAAACCUACAUAAACCUAAAGCGGAAGCCUGUCUGGAAUGACCUCAAUCCAAAAGCAGUUGACAGAGAUGAAUUGUUUGGCUUCAUCCAUCCUGCAACUCGAGAGUGGAAAGAUGGUUUGCUUUCAUCACUAAUGCGAGAGCAAGCGAACAUGUCCAACCCAGGACCUAAGUGGAUUGUGUUGGAUGGAGAUAUCGAUCCGAUGUGGAUUGAAUCACUCAACACAGUGAUGGAUGACAACAAGGUCCUGACUCUAGCUAGCAAUGAGCGGGUGCCACUCACUUCAUCGAUGAGGCUUGUGUUUGAAAUUAGCCACCUGAGAGCAGCCACUCCUGCCACUGUAUCCAGAGCAGGAAUUCUUUACAUCAAUCCACAAGACCUGGGCUGGAAUCUGUAUGUUGCCAGUUGGAUUGACCAGCGAGAACGGCAAACGGAAAGGGCUCACUUAACCAUACUGUUUGAAAAAUAUGUCCCACGUUGUGUUGAGAAGAUGCGAAAGACAUUCAAGACAAUCACUCCAAUUCCUGAGAACUCUCUGGUACAGACACUCUGCACUUUGCUCGACUGCCUUCUAACCCCAGAAAACAUUCCAUCUGACUCUCCCAGGGAGCUUUAUGAGACUUACUUUAUUUUUGCCUGCAUUUGGGCUUUUGGAGGGGCCUUGUGCCAUGACCAGCUCUAUGAUUACCGAGUGGAGUUCAGUAAGUGGUGGGCCAAAGAAAUGAAGACGGUGAAGUUUCCAACGCAGGGGACUGUGUUUGACUUCUACAUUGAUCCUCAAACGAAGCGCUUUCUUCCUUGGACUGACAUUGUCACUCCCUUUGAAAUGGAAACUGGCACACCAUUACAAGCUGUUCUGGUACACACAGCAGAGACCUUGCGUCUGCGCUACUUCAUGGACUUGUUGCUGGAGCGGAGACAGCCCCUGAUGCUUGUAGGGAACGCUGGAGUUGGGAAAACUGCACUUGUCAGGCAUAAGUUAGAUGGCCUGCCAGAGAGUUACACAACUACAAAAAUACCCUUCAACUACUACACAACGUCCCUGGCACUGCAGGAGUUCCUAGAACGCAAGUUAGAAAAACGAGCGGGCAGGAGCUACUCACCUGCAGGCAGCAGAAAACUGGUGUACUUCAUUGAUGAUAUGAACUUGCCAACUGUCGACACCUAUGGAACAGUGCAACCGCACACACUCAUAAGGCAGCAUCUGGAUUAUGGGCACUGGUACGAUAGACAGAAGUUGUCCUUAAAAGAAAUAAGCAACACGCAAUAUGUUGCAUGUAUGAACCCAACUGCUGGGAGCUUCAGAAUCAACCCAAGACUUCAGAGACAUUUCUCCGUGUUUGCGGUGAAUUUUCCUUCAUCCGAGGCUCUGAUGUCCAUCUUUGGGCAGAUCUUGAGCUCUCACCUGACACAGCAUCACUUCAGUUUGCCAGUUCAGAAGAGCAUUGCAGCUGUCGUCCAGGCUGCAGUAACGCUCCAUCACAAGAUGGAUCUCAGCUUUCUGCCAACAGCUGUCAAAUUUCAUUAUACAUUCAAUAUGCGAGAUAUGUCUAACAUCUUUCAGGGUAUCCUCUUCGCCGAGCCAGAGAAUGUGGAAAACAGUGUUGAUCUUGCUCUGCUUUGGCUCCAUGAGUCCUGCAGAGUCUACUCUGACAGGCUGUUAAAUGUCAAAGACAUACAGCUCUUCCAGAAGCUCCAGAUGGACACUGUGCAUGAGUGCUUUGAGGGCAUUGAAGAUGAAAAGGUGACAAAGCAACCCCUAAUUUUUUGCCACUUUGCCCAAGCGGGCAAGGAAUCCUUUUACACAAAUGUCACAGACUGGUGUAUGCUCAGGACCAUCCUCACCGAUGCCCUCGAGAGCUACAAUGAACUCAAUACAGCCAUGAAUCUUGUACUGUUUGAAGACGCAAUGCAACAUGUCUGUCGCAUCAGUCGCAUCCUGGAGUCUCCGGGCAGUCAUGCCUUACUGAUCGGGGUUGGGGGCAGUGGGAAGCAGAGCCUGACUCGUCUGGCUGCCUACAUUUCCUCUGUGGAAGUCUUCCAAAUCACUUUACACAAAGGUUACAGCAUCCAGGACCUCAAGAUGGAUCUAGCUGGUUUGUUGCUGAAAGCCGGUGUGAAGAAUCAGCGUGUAGCUCUCCUUAUGACCGAUGCACAAAUACCCGAUGAGCGCUUUUUGGUCAUUGUGAAUGAUUUACUGUCAUCAGGAGAUAUCCCUGAUGUCUUCAGUGAGGAGGAGAUUGAAAGAAUUGUGGCCGCUGUGAGAGUUGACGUCCGUGCUCUUGGGCUGCUUGACACCAAGGAGAACUGCUGGAGGUUCUUUACUGACAGAGUCCGCCUUCAACUGACGGUGGUGUUGUGUUUAUCACCAGUGGGAAGUGAGCUCCGACUAAGGGCCUGUCGAUUCCCUGCCCUUAUCCAGUGCACAACCAUUGACUGGUUUCAUCCUUGGAGCGCCGAAGCGUUGCAGUCAGUCAGCUAUAGAUUUAUCCAAGAGAUUGAUGACAUUGAGCAUGCUGUCCAGGAAUCCAUCAGUCUUUUCAUGGCCUACGUUCAUACCAGUGUCAACCAAGCAAGUGAAAAAUACCUGCGCGAUGAGAAGAGGCACAAUUACACCACCCCCAAGAGCUUUCUCCAGCAAAUCACCCUGUACAGGAACCUUCUGCAAAAGUCUCGGGCCCAGGUCCAGGAUAAGAUGAACCGGCUUGACAGAGGCCUUCAAAAGCUCCAAAGCACUGCUGCUCAGGUUGAGGACCUGAAAGCCAAAUUGGCAGAUCAAGAAUUUGAUUUAACCAUUAAGAAUCAGAAUAUCGAGGCUCUCAUUACCAAGAUUGGACUUCAAACUGAGAGGGUUAGCACCAAAAAAGAGGCUGCAGAUGUUGAGGCACAAAAGGUUUCCCUCAUCCAGGCAGAAGUGUCCAUCAAGCAACAGGAUUGUGAGAAAGACCUUGCCAAAGCAGAGCCCAUAUUGACAGCUGCCACUGCGGCACUGAACACGCUCAACAAGGUAAAUCUUACUGAACUGAAGGCCUUCCCCAACCCUCCCCCGGCAGUCAUCAACGUAGCGUCAGCCGUGAUGGUUCUACUGGCUCCACGCGGUCGGGUUCCUAAGGAUCGGAGCUGGAAAGCAGCACGGGCCUUCAUGGGCAAGGUGGAUGAUUUUCUGCAGGCCCUGAUGUCAUAUGACAAGGAGCACAUCCAUGACUCCUCUUUGAAUGCGGUCAAACAGUAUUACCUUAAAAAGCCAGACUUCCACCCAGAUCAAGUUAGGACCAAAUCUACAGCUGCAGCAGGACUCUGUGCCUGGACAAUUAACAUUGUUCGAUACUAUGAGAUUUAUUGUGAGGUCAUUCCAAAGAGGCAUGCUUUAUCCCAGGCUAAUACAGAACUAGAAAUCGCAACAACUAAACUGCUGGCUGUACAAAAGAAAUUGGUAGAUUUGGAUGCCAUCCUCCAGAAUCUUACAGCUCAGUUUGAAAGUGCUACAGCUGAGAAAAUCAGCUGUCAACAGGAUGUAACCCGCACCAACCAGACCAUAGAGCUGGCCAACAGACUUGUCAGGGGCUUGGAGUCAGAGAAGCAGCGCUGGUCACAGUCGCUUGUUCGAUAUAAGAAACAGCAGAAAACCCUGUGUGGGGAUGUCGCCCUCACUUCAGCAUUUGUCUCCUACAUGGGUUACUUUACCAUGCAGUAUCGUGCUGGACUCCUCAAUGAAAAAUGGAUCCCGUUCCUCAAAUCUCAGAAGGUCUCUGUACCCCUGACAGAUGGCCUGGAUCCCAUACUCAUGCUUACAGAUGAUGCCACUGUGGCUGCUUGGCAUAACCAGGGUCUGCCGAAUGAUAGGAUGUCAACUGAGAACGCUGCCAUCCUGACCACCAGUGAGCGCUGGCCACUCAUGGUGGACCCACAGCAGCAGGGCAUCAAGUGGAUACGGAGCCAGCAAGGUGCCAAGAUGAGGGUGGUGCAACAGGGACAGAAAGGGUACAUUGAUGUAAUUGAAGAGGCACUGGCCUGUGGUGAAACCGUUCUAAUUGAGAACAUGCCAGAAAAAAUUGACCCUGUCUUGGAGCCUCUCCUGGGCAAAAACACCAUCAAAAGGGGACGGUACAUUCAGAUUGGCGGCAAGGAGUGUGAAUAUAAUAGUAAAUUUCAACUCAUUCUGCACACCAAACUGGCCAAUCCCCAUUUUCCUCCUGAGCUCCAGGCUCAAACAACCCUCAUCAACUUCACUGUGACCCCGGUUGGUCUGGAGGAACAGCUGCUGGGACAAGUAGUAUCUCGGGAAAGGCCUGAACUUGAAGACCUGAAGAUGGAGUUGAACAGGCAGCAGAACCAUUUCAAGAUUGAGCUUCAAAGGUUGGAAGACGACCUGCUGAGUCGUCUCUCUACUGCCUGUGGUAAUUUCCUGGGUGAUAUUUCGCUGGUGGAGCAACUUGAAAUCACCAAGACCACAGCUGCCCACAUUCAAGACAAAGUGGUGGAGGCCCAAGAGAAUGAGACAAAGAUCAACGAGGCUCGGGAAAUAUACCGCCCUGCUGCUGAGAGAGCAUCACUCCUCUUCUUCAUCAUCAAUGACCUCAACAAGAUUAACCCAAUGUAUCAGUUUUCCCUCAAGAGCUUUAUUUCAGUGUUUAGCAAAGCAAUGGAGCGUGUGGAAUGUGGGGAGGAUGUGAGCAGCAGAGUGGCUGCCCUGACAGAGGCCAUCACCUAUUCUGUAUUCCUGUACACCAGCCAGGGCUUGUUUGAGACAGACAAGUUAACCUUCUUGUCACACGCCGCCUUCCAGAUUCAGCUCAAGCAGAACCUGAUUGAUGCACAGGAGUUUGACUUUCUUUUGCGUUUCCCAGUGGAAGCUAGUAAAGUUAGCCCUGUGUCCUUCCUGUCACCGCAUGCCUGGGGAGCCAUUAAGAGCAUUUCUUCAAUGCAAGAAUUUCAUGGACUGGACCGGGACAUCGAAAGUUCACACAAGCGCUGGAGGAAGAUUGUUGAAUCCAGCUGUCCUGAAAAGGAGAGACUUCCACAGGACUGGAAAAAUAAGAGUUGCAUUCAGAAGCUUAUCAUCCUGAGAGCUCUGCGCCCUGAUAGGGUGAUGUACACGCUAAGGGAUUUUGUGGGGGAUUGCAUGGGAGCAAAAUAUGUUGAGACUGCAAGAUUGGAAUUUGAAAAGUUGUAUGAAAGUAGCAGCCCCUCAACGCCUGUAUUUUUCAUCCUCUCGCCUGGUGUCAAUCCACUCAAAGAAGUCGAGAAACUGGGAUUAAUGCUGGGAUUGUCAAUCGAAUUGGGCAAUUUGCACAAUGUUUCACUGGGACAGGGACAGGAAGAUGUAGCUGAAAGGGUGCUCAGGAAAUCUUCGAAACUUGGACAUUGGGUCAUCCUGCAGAAUGUUCACCUGGUAGCAAGCUGGUUGCCUCAUCUUGAAGCUCUAUUGGAGAAAGAGGCUGUGGACAGUCACCCCAGCUACAGAGUGUUCAUCACUGGGGAACCAGCACCUAGCCCCGAGCAGCACGUAAUCCCCAGAGGCAUUCUGGAGAAUGCAAUCAAAAUCACCAACGAGCCGCCAACUGGUAUGAAUCCCAGUCUACAUGCCGCUAUCAACAACUUCAGUCAAGACACUCUGGAGAUGUGCUCACGAGAACAGGAAUUCAACUCCAUGUUUUUCUCCCUCUGCUUCUUUCAUGCUUGUGUCACGGAGCGCCGGAGGUUUGGCCCUCAGGGGUGGAACCAUAAAUAUCCCUUUAGCAGCGGAGAUCUCACCAUCUCAACUAAUGUUCUGUUCAACUACUUAGAGUCCAACAACAAGGUGCCGUGGGAGGAUCUGUGCUAUCUCUUUGGGGAGAUCAUGUAUGGAGGGCACAUUACUAAUAUAUGGGACAGAAGGCUCUGUAAGGCCUAUCUGCAAGAGUUUAUGCAUCCCAAAAUGUUUGACGGGGAGUUCUGUCUGUGUCCUGGCUUCAUGGCCCCUCCUUUCAUGGACCACAGCGGGUACCACACUUAUAUUGAUGAGCAUCUUCCACCUGAGAGCCCCACUUUGUAUGGCCUGCAUCCAAAUGCAGAGCUCGAGUGCCUCACUCUCAGCUCGGACAACCUCUUCAAGACUCUGCUUGAACUGCAGCCACAGGACUCCUCCAGAGGGGAGGGGGCGGUAUUGAGCACGGAGGAGAAGGUUAAAUCCAUCAUUGAAGAACUUCUCGACAAGCUUCCUGAGCAGUAUAACAUGGCAGAGAUGUUGGUGAAGGCAACAGAGCGGAGCCCUUACGUUUCAGUCUGUUUGCAGGAAUGUGAACGCAUGAAUCUCCUACUUGGCGAAAUAAUGACAUCCCUCAAUGAACUAGAUCUUGGCCUCAAGGGAGAGCUCACCAUUUCUUCCACUAUGGAGACUCUACAGUCGGCGUUGUUCAAUGAUGCUGUGCCAGAUUCCUGGGCCAGAUUGUCUUACCCCUCCACCAAAACGCUUACACGAUGGUUCAGUGAUAUCAACUGUAGUUGUCGUGACCUGGACAGCUGGACACAAGACUUAGUUCAACCUGCUGUUGUUUGGCUCUCGGGCCUCUUCAACCCGCAGUCUUUCCUCACUGCUAUUCUCCAGACCAUUGCUCGUAAGAAUCAGUGGCCCCUGGAUAAGAUGACGUUGACUGCUGAUGUGACAAAGAAGACGAAAGAUGAUUUUGGGCAUCCACCACGGGAGGGGGCCUACAUUCAUGGCCUCUUCAUAGAAGGAGCACGUUGGGACACUCAGUCGGGAGUCAUCGCAGAGGCAGUUUUGAGAGAUCUCACUCCUCCCAUGCCGGUACUGUAUGUGCGAGCCGUCCCGGCAAAAGAGCAGGAGCUCAAAAACACUUAUGAGUGUCCUGUGUACCGAACAAAACAUCGCGGAUCCACAUAUGUUUGGACAUUUUACCUCCGCAACAGACAGCCUCCUGCUAAGUGGAUUUUAGCUGGUGUGGCCCUGCUGCUUUCAGAGUGACGUCCAAUAGAAUGCAAAUGACUGUCGUAUUAUUCUGAAAGGUUUUUCAUAACA